AUGGAGUCACAAAAUCGUAAAGGUUUUAAUUUUAAUUCUCCGAUUUCACCUAGUAAAGCACUUUUCAACGCUCUUGAGAUGGUUUCUCCGCAAAAUUUCUUAAAGCGAUCUAAAUCGACCUCAAGUACUCGAAGUGAAGACAGUAAUACAUGUAGUAAUAAAUCGGAAUCCACCUCAAAAAAACCACUUGAGAAAUUAAAUAAUAUUCGUUUCAAGCGAACGAAACCAAAUUCUCCAUCCAAAUCUGAUUGCUCGAACUCGCAAACCACGACAACUAAGCCUUCGCAAUUUCUUCUAACACCACCUAAUUCUCCUUCAUCGCCAACUUUAAUAACGCAAAUUCCUCAAACUAACAACAACAAUAGUGCUCGCAUCCAAUUUUCAUCUACGAUCUCGCUUACAACUUACUUGCUCUGUGCGCCAUUUCUUGACCUCAAACUUGUCGUGCCACGAACAAUUUCCUUUCAAGAAUUUAAAGAACAUGUUUCCAAAAUCGCGGGACUUGAUUUAUCUGACGAUGACACAAUCGCUUAUUUUCAUAGUUGCACAAUGACUGAAUUGGAUGAAGAGCUUUUGAAACAAGAAAAAAAUUUGACAUUUAUUAAUUUUUUGGUAAGACAAGAAAAAUUACGUCGCGUUGCAAAUAGCAACUGCUGGGUGAAUAAUAUGUUAUGGAUGCGUGAUCAAGUUGAGGUCACAUUGGUAGCUAAAUGGAUGACCUAA